AUGCCCGCGGAUAUUCGCUCCUUCUUCGGGGCCAAAGGUGCCCCUCCACCAAAGCCAGCCGCAAAGAAGGCCGAAGAGGCACCAAAGAAGGGCCGCAGCAAGGGUCGCAAAGUGCUCGAGGACAGUGAUGAUGACGAUGUCGCCAUCGUAGCCGAGUCCAAAAAGCCGACAACGAGAUCGACACCGAAGAAGAAGGCAGCAGAGCCGGCAUCUGUCAAAGGCGUCGCUAUAUCAGCCAGCGACUACUUUGCGUCAAGCAACUCAAAAGCUACAAAGAAUCAGACAACCCCAAAGGCCGCUUCCAAGACACAAUCCAAGUCAAAUCUUGAGGUCCGAAGCAGCCCCCGCACCAAGGCAGCUCCCCCAGCCGCUCAGAGCAAGACCUCCACAGGUAACGGACAGCCUGCCAGCAAGAAGAGGGCUUCCGGCUCGUACGCCAAAUACAAUCUUGACGAUGACGAGGACGCGUACAUGGAUGAUGCAGACGGCGGAGACGACAUCUUUGCUGCCGACAUGAAAGGGCACAAGAGGAAAAAUGAUGACUAUGUCGAGGAAGAGAGCGAGGAUGAGUUCCUCCCACAGCCAAAGAGGGUCGCAUCACGCAGCAAGGCUGCUGUAAAGGCGUCUGACUCGGAUGAAGAUGUCAAGCCAGCGACUGGAAGAGGUCGUUCCAAUGGCAAAGCUGUUGCCGGAUCGAAGAAGCGCAAAACCCCGGAAGCCGAGUCCGAUGAGGACGAAGAGAUGGAGGAUGUCAAGCCGCGCAAGAAGACCGUUCCGGCCAAGCCUAAGGCUGCGAAAGCAACACCGAAGGCAAAGAAGGCCAACGGCGUCGAGGACGCAGGCAUCCAGGCCAUCAUCAACAACAUCCCGACUGUGCGAGCACCCACCCCGCCGCCCAAGGACCCCAAUGCGAAGUUUGACUGGAGAAAGGCUGGUGCAGGCGGAGGAAACAGCGGCCCUCCGCCCAACGCUGGCGCGGCCGAGCUGCCCGAGGGCGAGGAGAACUGUCUUGCAGGAAUGAACUUCGUCUUCACUGGCCUGCUGCAGACCAUCGGCCGUGAAGAGGCACAAGCCCUUGUCAAACGUUAUGGUGGCAAGGUCACCGGCGCCCCGAGCAGCAAAACAAACUGGGUUGUUCUUGGCGACGAUGCUGGACCCAGUAAGCUGAGGAAGAUUGAGGACCUUGGCCUCAAGACCAUUGAUGAGAAUGGACUUUUCGAGCUGAUCCGGAAGAUGCCCGCCAAUGGUGGAAGUGGCGUCGGUGCCGAGAAGGCGCGCCAAAAGCAGAAAGAGCAGGAGGACAUGAUCAAGAAGCAGGCACUGGAGAUGGAGAAAGAGGAAAAGGCACGCAAGGCUGAAGCGGAGAAGGCUCAGAAGGCUGCCUCUGCCCGCGGUGCUGCCGCCCCUCCUCCGCCGCAGCCAGCCAGCGCCCAGUUGUGGACGACUAAGUACGCACCGACCCAGCUCAACCAGAUCUGUGGCAACAGGGGCCAAGUCGAGAAGAUCUCCAAUUGGCUGGCGAACUGGGCCAAGAACAAGAAGUAUGAUUUCCAACGACGUGGUGCUGAUGGCAUGGGUGGCACCCGCGCUGUCAUUAUCUCUGGGCCUCCAGGUAUCGGAAAGACGACAGCGGCUCACCUGGCUGCCAAGAUGGCCGGCUACGAUGUGAUUGAGAGCAACGCCAGUGACACCCGAAGCAAGAAGCUUGUUGAGAACGGCGUCAGUGAUGUCAUGAACAACACGUCGCUGCUGGGCUUCUUCGCCGGUGACGGCAAAAAGGUCGACCAGGGCAAGAAAAACAUCGUGCUCAUCAUGGACGAGGUUGAUGGCAUGUCAGCCGGUGACCGUGGUGGUGUCGGUGCUCUGGCCAAGUUCUGCAAGAAGACCGAGGUCCCUCUGAUUCUCAUCUGCAACGAGCGGAGACUGCCAAAGAUGAAACCUUUCGAUCACGUCGCCUUCGAUAUCAAGUUCAUUCGUCCCACCGUCGAUCAGAUCAGGUCUCGAAUCAUGACAAUAUCGCACCGUGAAGGCCUGAAACUUCCUCCGCAAGUUGUCGAUGCCCUCAUCGAGGGAACAAACAAGGACAUACGCCAGAUCAUCAACAUGCUGGCAACUGCCAAGCUGGAUCAGACUUCGAUGAGCUACGACCAGGGCAAGUCCAUGUCAAAGGCAUGGGAGAAACACGUCGUUCUCAAGCCGUGGGAUAUCUGCCAGAAGAUGCUCGGUGGUGGUCUCUUUGCCCCAGCAAGCAAAGCCACGCUCAACGACAAGAUCGAGUUGUACUUCAACGACCACGAGUUCAGCUACCUGAUGAUUCAGGAGAAUUACCUCAGCACCAAACCAAUGGCGCUGAAUGGCAAAGGGUACAGCCCCAAGGAGUACAAGCUAAAAGCUCUUGAGCUCUUUGACCAGGCGGCUGAGAGCAUCAGCGAUGGCGACUUGGUCGAUAGAAUGAUCCACGGUCCCCAGCAGCAGUGGAGCCUGAUGCCUGCGCAUGCUGUCUUCAGCACAGUGAGACCGGCAAGCUUCAUCUCUGGCCAGAUGAUCGGAUCUUCCUUCACAUCUUGGCUUGGCAACAACAGCAAGACUGGCAAGCUUGGUCGCUUUGUGCGUGAGAUCCACUCACACAUGCGACUCAAAUCCUCUGGUGACCAUAACGAGAUUCGACAGCAGUACCUGCCCGUCCUCUGGCAUCAGCUGGUCAAGCGUCUCGAGAUGGAGGGCAAGGAGUGCGUUGAGGAUGUUAUCCAGUUGAUGGAUAGCUACUACUUGACACGUGACGACUUUGAUGCUAUCAAGGAGCUGGGCGUCGGUCCGCAAAGCGAGGAUCAUAUCAAUAUUGAGUCCCAGACCAAGGCCGCUUUUACCAGGACAUAUAAUUCGAUGUCUCAUCCUGUGCCUUUCAUGAAGGCCAGCAAUGUUGCCGCGCCCCGCAAGAUGGCCAAGGAGGCCCCUGAUCUAGAGGAGGCGAUUGAGGAGGAAGACGACGCCGAUGUCCUGGAGCCCGUCGAGGUCGAAGAUGAGGAUAUGGACCUCAAGGGCGACAAGUACAUCAAGCAGCCCAAGGCCAAGGCCAAGCGUGCCACGAAGAAGGCUGCCAAGGCCGCUGACGAUGACGAUGAUGAUGAUGGCGGAGCCAAGCCGAAAGGCAAGGGCAAGGGCAAGGCCGCCGGGCGAGGCAAGGGAAAGAAGUGA